AUGUUGGAAAAGAAAGAUAUCGUGUUUGCCGAGGCUCGAAAACUCUGUGAGCAACGUGAUGAUUUGUGUGCUGCCACAAAUGCGGAUACUCCUAUGUUCCUCAAGUACUCAGUUCAAGCCGAGCACAAACGAAGGCUGCCACCAACCGCUGUUUUUCAUGUGGUGAAUACCAUUUACGUUCGACUUGUCGAUUCCGUAAUGCCACUUGCCAUGCAUGCGCCCCGACUUCUGUGCGCAUUCCUGGGGUUACUGGCCAUCAGCUGCAGUUACUUGGCGAAACGAUGUUGUGCGUUCAAUCUGAAUCCGGCGUGUCAAGCCCAAUCCGAUUCCUGGUAUCAGCCCACAGUCCGUCUAUUCUGGGUUUUCGAGCAAUUCGGCUACUACAAGGAUCCAUCACACUACACACCAACAACGAUAUGA